UCAAAAAUUCAUUCUGAACGGAAUGUUUGAAACAAGGUCACUUCCAGGUUGAUGAGGAGGCAUAUUGCGACUGAUCAAUGUAUAUCGAAUUGUUGGGAAAAGUGCUAUCGUGUGAAAACAAGCAGGAUCCAAAAAAACUCAACUGCGUGCAGCGUAAGAUUCUAGUACCAGGACGUUUAAUAGCGUUUGCUUCCACUAAUGAAGGCUAUUGUUGUGAAAUCGGUUCUUUACGCUACUACCUAUUAUGUGGUAUAGGAGGUAUCCUUUCUUGCGGUAUUACACAUACUCUGAUGACACCCAUAGAUUUAGUGAAAUGUCGAAUACAAGUUGAUCCAAAGAAAUACCCUAGUCUAUUCAAAGGAUUCAAAGUAACACUUGCUGAAGCCGGCCCAAAGGCUCUGACAAGGGGAUGGGCUCCAACAUUUAUAGGCUAUUCUUUACAAGGAUUUGGGAAAUUUGGAUUUUACGAGGUCUUCAAGAUACUGUACAGUGAUUUAAUUGGAGAAGAAAACACUUAUGUGUAUAGGACCUGGCUAUAUCUAUUCGCUAGCGCCUCCGCUGAAGUUUUUGCCGACAUAGGCUUGGCGCCAAUGGAAGCUGCAAAGGUUAAAAUCCAGACAACGCCAGGUUACACUGAUCGUCUUAGAGAAGCACUUCCAAAGAUAAUGAGAGAAGAAGGACUAACUGGAUUCUACAAAGGCUUGGUGCCUUUGUGGAUGCGUCAGAUACCUUACACGAUGAUGAAAUUCGCCUGUUUCGAGAGAACCGUAGAGCUCCUCUACCACCACGUAGUUCCCAAACCACGGUCUGAGUGCUCGAAGGGUGAACAGCUCAUCGUGACCUUCGCUGCCGGCUACAUAGCAGGAAUAUUCUGCGCGAUCGUGAGCCAUCCGGCGGACAGCGUUAUAUCCAAGCUGAACCAAUCGAAGGGUAGUUCAACUUUAGAAGUGGCCAAGGCCAUGGGCUUUGCCGACAUGUGGAAAGGGAUCGGUCCAAGAAUAGUUAUGAUAGGUACCCUGACCGCACUGCAAUGGUUCAUUUACGAUGCGUUCAAAGUUGCUUAUCGUCUGCCUCGACCACCACCUCCACGUAUGCCAGAUUCUCUCAGAAGAAAAUUAGAAGGAGAUAAAUGAACAUAUCCUGGAGAUAACAAUUUUUGGAAUUCUCUACAACAAUUGUUCAUUCGACUGCUAGCCCAUAAGAAGUUAUUAGUUAGUUUUAGUCGACAUAUUUUCCAACUAUUUUGGAAUUCGAUUCAUAGAAGACAAUAUGGAUAAAUAAUUUCUUAAUACUUGCACCACGUGUGUAUUAAACUGUCUCUGUGUAUAAAAAAUAAAUCUUUUUUCAAUCCUUA